AUGACCCGCAGCCAGAGCCACUCAUGUAAUAAAAUGAAGGGCGGGGGUGGUGGUGGACAGGAUGUCCCUGAAAGUGUGGGGAGGCAGUCGGAGGAGGAGACACGUGCGUUGGUGGCGGUGAGGAAAGAUCAUAGGAAGAAGAAGAGAGGAAGAGGGUUUUCGACUGCAGGGAAUAACAAUCCUGGGGUUGAGUGGAAGCCAACGUUGAGCGCCAUAUCGGAGAAUAACGUGGUGGCGGUGGGGGAGAGAGGAGUUGAAAGGGUGAUUAAAAGGAAAGGUGGUGUCGGUGUCGGUGUCGGUGGUGAUGAUGUUGAUGGUGGCAGUAGGGUCCGUGAUAUAGCGAGCCUUUCUGGUUACGUUGACAAUUACAGGUAA